GUAAAAACAACAUGGCGUCCGUAUGGAUCGAGAAAUUGAAAACAGCACAGAAAACGUGCAUGAUACAAGAUGGAAGGAGAAAAAUUCAUUUCGUAUUUCCAGAUGGAACAGAAAUGGCAGAAGAAUAUGACUUGAAAACAUCAGAACUUGUUUCUAGAAAAUGGAGAAGAAAAGCAACACUAGGGGUAAAAGAGUCAAAAUGGGAAUUUGAAGUCGGAGAGCAGCUGGUUCCAAGAAAUUUAGACUCUGAGGGCUUGUUGGAGAGUGCUGCCAAUCCAAUUUUUGCCAGAAAAGACACAGCUUCAUCGUUUCAGUGGAGAAUUAGAAACUUACCAUACCCAAUAGAGACGUACAAUGUAACUGUUGAUCCUGAGAAUCGGACAAUCACUGUUAGAACCACAAAUAAAAAAUAUUUUAAGAAGUUUCCUAUACCAGAUAUGGACAGAGCACAACUACCUCUGGAACAGAAAGCAUUGAGUAUAGCGCACGCCAAUAAUACUCUUAUAAUUACAUACAAGAAGCCUAAGGAAAUUCUACAGAUGGAAAAAGAGAUCCAAGAAGAAUUCAAGAAGUUAAAGGCUGCAAAAGAUGGUAGAAUAAAAGACCUCCAACAGAAGCGAGUGCUAGAUGAUGCUGCCCGUAGGAGAAGACAGAGGAAAGCCUUAGAGGCCUUGGAACAGGACAAUUUUCAGGAUGACCCUCAUGCUGACCUGAAAAUGAGUAAAAAAGCUCCCAAAUUUGAGGAGUCGAUGGAAUCACCAGCACCAACAGGAAAGAAAAAGCGUAAAAGUAAAGCAGACAAUUUCAAAUUUCGCUACAAGAAAAGUUUUGCUGCAUUACUUGAAGAGGAGCACAUGAUGAACAAAGAUCCCCCAAACUACAACACAGCUGGGGUUCCACCAUCACGUUUCCCUGACAGGAAAUUCUGUGCUGUUUGUGGUUUUCCUUCUAAUUACACCUGUGUGCAGUGCGGGGCAAGGUACUGUUGUGUCAGGUGUCUCGGCACACAUCAGGAUACAAGGUGCCUGAAGUGGACGGCUUGAUGAUAUUAUUUUCCCAAUGAUGACAAGGAAUCUGUGCCAUUUUGAAAAAAAAAAUGAUGGCAAAACACUGCUUUGGUAUGCAGUGUGUUAUGUGCCUCAUGUUAAGCAAUCUUUGGUGACAUUGCAAAAGAACGAAACCAAAUAGUGACACAUGAAGUUUAGUGAACAAAGGGAUAUUAUAAACAUUUGAAGGUGUUCACACAUUGAACAGAAUCAGGAACUGGGUCAAUCGUUUCUCAUAAAAUUACAUUAUUUCUAAAUGCCCUUAUAUGAAAGUCAGAUUAUAUAUUGUGAUUAAUGUCAUUGCAAGUCUUUUUGUUGGCAAUUUUUAUGAUGGCCAAAACUGCUGUUAGCUUUCAGAGGCCGAUGGGCUAAAGUGCUCACCCGAGUCACAUUAUCUGAAGAAUGAAUAUGUAUUGUGGCCACGCAUAUGUGAAUUGCCAAGAUUUUGUAAUUUUCAUGAUUAAUGAUGUUUGCAUAUUAAAGUUGAAAAUCAGAAA